AUGGGAGCUGGCGGCGAGCAAGGGACUCACACGGGGAGAGCACUCCCCCUCUUGACGGAGCUGGAUGGGAGCUGGCGGCGAGCAAGGGACUUUCACGGGGAGAGCACUCCCUCUCUUGACGGAGCUGGAUGGGAGCUGGCGGCGAGCAAGGGACUCCCACGGGGAGAGCACUCCCUCUCUUGUGAAGGAGCGGGAUGGGGAGCAUCACGGGAGGUCAAGAAGAAAAGAACGCUCUCCCUCUCUCCUGGUAAGCACGGUCCGAUUCAUUUCGUUUUUUUCCUUUUCGAGGUUUCUAACGUCGAGUUUCAUGGCUUUCGUGAAGCAGGAGCGGGAGGAGCGCGUGGCAACAGCGUGAAGGAAGGCACAGAAGAAGAGAACGCUAUCCUGCUGGAGCGGGAGGAGGAGCGGGCGGAAACAACACCUGGAGCGGGCGGGGGAGGUACCACGCGGCGAAGUGUCUCUCUCUUGGAGCAAUGGGAGCUGACGGCGAGCAAGGGGUAA